GCGUCCUGAACCCCACUUUGUCCCCAGCUGCCCCCCCCCCAAGAGUGAGGGUGAUGGCCACCCAGCCUGAGAAGAGAGUGGCGUCGUCUGUCUUCAUCACCCUGGCACCCCCACGCCGAGAUGAGGCCGCCGAGGAGGUGAGGCAGGCAGCUUGCGAGGCCCGGCCCGGCAGCCUCCGGGAGACGCCAGCCCCCGUGAAGGCCCCGGGCACCGGGUCGGCAGCGAGGCCCGGCACCUGGAAGCCUCCGGGCAGGACUGCAGCGGCUUCACCAGCUGUGCCAGCUCAGCUCUCCAAUGGAGGGUGUCCGCCGCCCCUGCCUCCUCUGGCCGCUGAGGACACACUGCCCGACCUGGACCACCUCCCGCCGCCGCCCCCUCCAUCAUGCCUGCCCCUUCCUGAGGUGGAGCCCUGUGUCCCCGUGGGCAUGGGCGCUCUCGUCUCGGACUUUGAACAGCUGCAGCUGCCCCCACCCCCGCCACAGGCCCUGGCGGUGGGGCCGCCGCUCCAACCUCGGCCCACUGGUCUCAGGCCUGCAGAGGGGGAGCUGCUGCCUCCCCCAGAGGGGCCCCCCGGCUGCCCAGAGAGAGAAGCCUCCACAGACAUCUGCGCCUUCUGCCACAAGACCGUGUCUCCCCACGAACUGGCUGUGGAAGCCAUGAAGAGGCAGUACCACGCACGCUGCUUCACGUGUCGCACCUGUCGCCGCCAGCUGGCCGGACAGAGCUUCUACCAGAAGGACGGGAGGCCCUUCUGCGAGCCCUGCUACCAGGACACCCUGGAGAGGUGCGGCAAGUGUGGCGAGGUGAUCCGGGACCUCGUCAUCAGGGCCCUGGGCCAGGCCUUCCACCCCACCUGCUUCACCUGCGUGAGCUGCGCCCGCUGCAUCGGGGAUGAGCGUUUCGCCCUGGAUGGCCAGAACGAGGUGUACUGCCUGGAUGACUUCUACCGGAAAUUUGCCCCCAUGUGCAGCAUCUGUGAGAACCCCAUCAUCCCCUGUGAUGGGAAGGACGACUUCAAAAUCGAGUGUAUGGGAAGAAACUUCCACGAGAACUGCUACCGCUGUGAGGAUUGCAGUGUGCUCCUGUCCAUCGAGCCCACGGACCAGGGCUGCUACCCGCUGAACAACCACCUCUUCUGUAAACCAUGCCACGUGAAGCGGAGUGUUGCCAGCUGCUGCUGAGGGCACCCCUGGCCCUGGGGCCCGGGAGCUGCCCGCUAGCCUGGGAUGGGGGUGGGGAGCCUAUCCUGACUCAGUUUCCCUUCCUGAUCUGCUCUUGCAUCCGGCCUGCAGCUCUGCCCACCACACCCCAGAUGUGGCUAAGCCAGCCCUUCACGGAGGGUGUGACGGGUGACUGGCAAACAGCACCUCUCGAGCCCUCAGUGCCUCCCCUCUGAGCUCUAGAAGGUUCCACACCGUGAGCAUCACCCCUGGGUUUCUGUGGCCCCGGACCUGGCCGUCCCUAACAGCAGUGACACCAGGUGGCCAGGCGGGGGCGCUGGGAUCAGCUCUGGCUUGUGAGACUGAGCAAUUGGGAGUCAAACUCCAAGGUUCCUUAAGCAAGCACUUUUUAAACAAUUUGAAUUUUAAAUGAUGGGAGACAUUCUUUGAAUAUUUGGGGGGAGGGAGGUGGGGUUCUAAAUAGGAAGUGCCUCCCUGUGUUCGGAAAAGUGCAAGACUGACCAGGGAUGACCCAGCCAUGGAUAUGCCAUCUUGGGACGUGCAUGUCACACGCAACGUGCUAAUGCAGAAGAUGCCAGCGAUUCCGUGCGGCACAGCCGUGUGAGACAGAGACGCAGCUGAAGGGGCUGUUGAGUGCCAGGGGCAGGGGGCUGUUACUGCAGCCCUGAGUGGGGUGGCGCAUAUGUGACCCCCUAUUCAUGCACUGUCCUGCGUGUCCCUCCCAGCCCCCCUAACUAACCCUCAAGUCCCCACUAGGACCCUUCUACCCAGGCUGCCCUGCGACCACCAACUGCCUCCUUAAAGCCACACUGGCAAGGACUUUGUCUCAUAAAGAGAAAACCUCGCUUUCACUGCUUGGUGCCUCUAAGGCAUUGGGUAAGGUGUGAACAAUCACAGCAUUCUUUCUUUCUUUCUCUCUUUCUUUCUGCCUCCAGGGUUAUCGCUGGGACUCAGUGCCAGGACUAUGAAUCCACUACUCCUGGUCGCCAUUUUAUUGGAUAGAAUAGAAGGAAAUUGAGGGGGGAGGGAGAAAUAGAGAGAGGAGAGAGACACCUGCAGAUCUACUUCACCGCUUGUGAAGGGUAUAUAUACUCUGCAGGUGGGGAGUCAGGGGGCUCGAACCCAGAUCCUUGUGUUUCAUACCUAACCUAGUGUGCCACUGCCCGGCCUCACAGCACGCUUUUUUCCCUGAGUCAUCCUCUGCAUCUUCUGCUCCCAUGAGUAGGUCGGGGGUCGACGAGAGAGAGAGAGAGAGAGAGAGAGAGAGAGAGAGAGAGACUAUAGAGCCCCCUAGGGGUGAGACAGCUUCCUGCCAGGAGCUUAGCGCAGCAAGUCUCAAACUCCAGGGUUCAUGCUCACCUCCCCACCACAGUUUCUGCCAUAAAUGUGGACCCACUAUUCUGUUCCCUUAAUACUUUCUUGAGAGCAAUAUCCAAGACUUUUCUUUUACUCCUGUCUUUGUUCUAAGCAGUGUAUCCGCGCAGUCACAUGCCACUAUACUAGCCGAGUUUUCCCUGCACCACUGAAGAAAUAAAUGAGUAACCAAGA